CUGACAAAAUUUGUGGCUGGUGUAAAUAAAAAUCGAACAGAGCCAACCAACAACUAAACAGAAACGACGUUUUCUCUAUCAAAAUCAAAAUUGCACAGCAUUUAACUAAUAUAAAUAUUGAGUGUGUUAUUUGUGAUUAGACGAAAGCACAUAAUCAAAAGCCAUUGUGGACGUGCAUAGUGUUUAAAUUAAUCGUUUCUGCAACUGUGCAGAGACAAAGGCAGGCGAUUGAAAGCAAAACGGCACACAUACAUAUUCACACAGGCACAGACAAAAACACACUCGCACAUACACACACAUAAGUACACCUAAAUGAAAAUCACAAAAUUUUCACCAUUUACGUUGGCUACGACUUACGAAUUUCUAGUUUUGCGUAUCUUCGUCGUCUGUCAACUUUCAAUUUAAACCAUCUGCAGCAAGCAAAACGAAUUGUAAGCAAAUCGGAGUUUGUGACGGUGACGAAAGGAAUCUCAAGAGUGAAGCAGCGACCAAACAACAAAAGUCAAAAGGCAGCAAAUUAAUUGCUAUACGGACAAAGAACCCCGCACCCACACACAUACAGUUGCACAUAUACACACACAAUCUAAUAGUGAGCUGGCGAAAUUCCCCAUCCCCAAAUUUACAUAUGUCAUCAAAUAUCGCUGAACACUUGAAACGCAACUAAGAGAAAGGCAAUCGCAUCACACGCAGAAUAGAGAUAAUUUCUAUAGAUUGCCAGCAUGACUAUCAAGCCAGUUAGUGCGCCAAGCGGCAAGCGUGUCGUUGACACAGAUGCCAAGGAAUCCCAUGGUGCUGGUCAGGUUGUGGUUGAGCAAUCAGUUGUCAAUCAGGCCCAUCGCAAUGUCGUCAUCGAUGGUCAUGGUCAGAGUCCACAGCGUCGUGGCGAGGUCUAUGAGGAGCUGGCACGCACACAUCGCUGCAGUCCACACAAGAACAGUUCCCGUUCGAAGCGUCGCGAGCAUCACGACAGCCAUGCCCAUCAUCACAAACGCGAUCGUUUAGAGCGCGAAAAACUUAAUUUGACGGUGGGCAGUGGGGUUGCUGGCGUCUCGAGCAAUAGUCCGCAUGCCAGCGUUGUGCCUGGCGCAGUUGCCACAGCUGUGGGAAAUAGUAGCCCAACAGCUGUGGGUCGCAAGUCGCCAGAGCAUUUGGCCAGCGUGCCCAAGACACAAACACAAAUAACACCAGCUGCUGCGGCUGCUAAUAUGCUAAAGGCUGUGGAGGAGACGUUGACAGGCUAUAACAGCGGCGAUGAGCAUCUGCAGCCAAAGGAGCGCACCAUUUCAGUGGAAGAAUGGCAGCGUCGCGAUCAAGAGUUUGCCAAGUGCAUGGAAAAGCGUGGCUACGAACUGAAACCCGUCGAGGAGGAUGGUGCCUGUCUGUUUCGCUCGAUUUCACUACAAAUCUAUGGGGACGAAGGCAUGCACGAUGUCAUACGCCAGCACACAAUGGACUAUAUUCAUGAAAAUCGUGAAUACUUUGGCCAGUUUGUCACCGAGGACAUCAAUGGCUAUAUACAACGCAAACGUGCUCGCGAUGCCCAUGGCAACCACAUCGAGAUACAGGCCAUUUCAGAGAUCUACAGUCGCACAGUUGAAGUCUACUGCUACCAGUCGACACCCAUUAACAUCUUCAAUUCGGAGCAAUCGCAGGCUGGUUACCCGCCAUUGCGCCUGUCGUAUCAGCGAGGCUCGCACUAUAAUGCUAUACUCGAUCCUUACAAUGCCACUGUGGGUGUCGGCCUGGGCUUGGCUGGUUACAAGCCUGAGUUCCAAACAAAAGAAGCGGUGCGUCUCAGCGAGCAGCUGGAAAUCGAACAGACUAUGUUCGAGGAUAAGUUAAAGACAACAGACUGGGAGGCCACCAAUGAGGCCAUCGAGGAGCAGAUUGCCCGUGAAUCCUAUUUGCAGUGGUGUCGUGAUAAUAAGCAGCGCACGCGAAGCACCAACACAGCCGCCGGUUCGGCUACAUCAUCGACAGUCACCUCUGCCGAGGCACUGACCGAUUCGGAUGCCUCGCCCUCGAAGUACUCGAGCGAUGGCUGCGGCGGCAGCGGCAACAACAACAUUAAUAACAGCAACACAGCCGCCACCAUGAGCGGCUCGAAUGUCAGCGAAGGCACAACCACUGGCUUUACACUGUCGCCCAAAAAUCUCAGCCAGUUCUCACAUAAGCUACCGCCCGAGGUAAACGACCUGGCUGGCUACGAGAGCGAUGCCACAGAUAUGAGCAGCACCAGCUCGGUGGGUCACGGCAAUGCCUCGCCAAACACUGCUGCCGCUCAGCGCGCUAACAAAUUGUCCAAAUCGCAGCGACGCAACAAUGGUUUGCGUAGCAGCAAGAAACGUCGUCACGAGGCACGUGAGGCUAACAACAGUCUUGAAACGGUCGAGACGCCGUUGCGUAAGAGUCCCAAACGCGAUGCAGCGCCAGCAGCGCCCAGAGCUCACACGCCAGAGGCGGAACAGCGACCAUGCACAUCGAAGCAGUCAUCACAGUCGCCGCCAAAGCGCAAUGACGCACAAACGCCGCCCAAGCAGAGCUACUCCAGCUUCUAUCAGGAGCUGCUCGAAGCAUCCUAUGCCAAUGAUGGCAUCAACGAAAGCGAGAUGCUGCAGCAGGCUAUACAGAUGUCCACACGCGACUAUAUAGACGAUCAGAAGCGGAAGUAUCUAUGCGGUCCAUAGGCUUUGGAUGUGUGACGACGCUACACACUCCCCUUAGUUCUUUUGUACAGUGAUUGAGAUCUUUAUUUUCGCAACGAAAACGAAAUAUAUACAAAUAACCAAAAAACAUAAACACACACUCACGAAGAGACACAUAAGCGCAAUCCCAUACAUUAUAUGAUUUGAAAAAUUAAAAUUGUUGAGUGAGGAAGCGCCCACAGGACUCAAAUGUCUUGGGCCACGUGCAACCCAAACACACACAAAUACACGCAUCUAUACAUGCACACAUAUAUAUAUAUAUAUUUAUAUAGUAUAUAA